GUUUUACUAACUGUUGACAAUCACUGAGAAAGUCAAUCAGAAAAAAAAGUAUUACAUAAUAACAGGUUUAAGCGACCUACUGCCUUUCCAUUAUCAGAUUCUUUUGUAAACAUACUCUUUCCACACUAAGGAGUGGAGGAGGGGUGUCAGGUUAAAAUGCAAACCAAUAAUGGUACCUGCAUCGACUUGGUUCACACAUAUCCUACGGAGUGGUAUCACUUAAAAAUACGGUACUCCACUGAAGUUCAUUCCUAGACUCGUCUUCCUUUGUACAUAGUACAGAAUUGUUCUAAUUUCGACUGACUACUCGUGGGAAGUUGCUGUUUUCUGCCAACCUCCUGCCCUUCAAUGGAUAUCGGCCCGUCCUACCGAAGUGUUCACAAUGCCUAUGUCACUUCCACUAAUAGCCGCAAAGCGUUGUCUAAGAGUGACUAUCGCGUUGGAUUAUCACGAGCCUCACGGGGUGUCACACGUUAUAGGUCUUUAUGCUUGCUCACCAUCAGGCCAAAUGGUAAUACACCUCUAUUUCGUUCUUGAUUAUCGCGACCAUUUUAUGCAUACUAUUAUGUUCGUCUUUGGAGCUUCUUUGUGAGCAAUAUGGGUGGAACUGAAGUACCACGCCAGUGGUGCAGUUUUGAAUAGUUACGUCGACGGCUGCCCCCAAUGGAGCAACUAUCUGGCUAUUCUGUAGACUGAAAAUAAAAUAGAUUAUAUAAAUAAUUAGAACUUUUUAAUAAUAGAAAAGUAUGCCUUAUUGUAAGUCUCUUUUUCUAAUCCUUUAGAGGUUCUAAGACGUUGGGUUAAUUGUGAAAAAUUGGAUUCUAAUAAAGGCUUAAAAAAAAUAUGUCCUAUGGAACGGCCACCCGCUCCUGAAUCUUUUUCCAUUAUUAUUAGUUUCUAUUGAAGAAGACCAGAAGGGGGGGGGGCGUUUCCUGAUGUGGCAAAACACUUUUUUCAUAUUUUUUUCCUGUUAUAAAUGUUAUCAUUCAGGAAUUCAAAAUAUAUAAUUAAAUUUCCUUUUGUCUAGAUGUUAGUAUCAUAAUAAAUACAGCAUAGAAGGGACGAUGGAAUUUGUAGACUAUUAUAUUCGUUACUUUUUUUUGAAUAGUAAAUAUGUUUUAUUAUCUUAUUGCACACCUUUACACUUAUUGUUUGAAGGCUAAACCUUUUUGUAAGUGAUCAAUACUCAUAGAUAAUCGUAGUGAAGCUAGUUUUUUGAGACAUAAAUGAUUCGAAUCAAUUUUGAGUAAGUGUUCUAAACUCCGAUAUGCUUCGUGCAGGCGAGGUUUGUGUGCUCACAGUUGUAGGCAAGACAGUACUCCUUGAAUCCCGCACAGAUACUGAUUGCUUUUAAAUAUACUUUGGUUCAUCUAAAUCGUUGCAAAAAUCUUGACAACAAAAAAUAUUGAAGUGUUUUUUCCUCAGUAAAAGAUACUUUGAUAUUGUUCCAAUACUUCUUCAUAGGCAUGUGUUGCCAACUUCAGAUUGCUAUUGAUAUUCGCUUACUGUAAAUAACGAGAACAUUGAAUGAAUUGAGGAUGCUAAUGCCUUUUUUGUUAUUCUUCUUUAGACUGCACUUAUUCCCAUCAGCGUUUUACUUUCGUUUCUCCCAUGUUCGCUUCGAUUUCCCCCUCUUCCUUACAUGCCAUGAAGCAAUAUAAAAAAAAAUAAUAAUGCUAAAACUCAAAAAGGAAAUGCAAGCGCUACGGCACUUCCAAAAUAGGCACUUCUUCUCCUAUUCUCAUCAAACCAUUUAACUGUGUUUACUGAUUUUGUAUUGUCUUUGUAACUUGAGUUCAUUUAGUGCCGAUAGCCUCUGUGCCACGAGUACGUCGUUCCUAAACACUCAUUCGCAUAUUAUCUUUACAUUUGAGACUGGGUGGUGCUUGUCCCCAAAUCGUGAUUUGACACUUUCCGAUAUCCUGCAAUUGAAUCAGUGACAUGAACAGGUGGAUUCAAAAGGUUAUUAAAAAUUUCACAACCACGAAACAUGUUUUACAAACAGAACAAUACAUUUAUGUUAAGCGACAGUUCUAGAAAAGAAAUACAAUGAAAAAGUAUUACGCUGUGGCGAAGGGGUAUCAGCGCGGUAUUUACGCAACUUGGGCUGAGUGCUAUAAACAGGUUCAUGGAUAUAGCGGUGCUCGUUUUAAAGGGUUUAAAACGUUAGAAGAGGCUAAAAUCUUCUUUGAGGAGUCCAGCGGAAGUACAUGCUGUAAUAACUCUCGAGGAAGUGAGCACCAUAACAUCAGUGAAAGCUCGUGCAAUGAGAACGAUAUGUGCGAUGCCAAAUCGCAUGACAAGCGCUCCUGCUCGUGCAAACAUUCUUUUCCUCUUCCUCACGAUUCCAAUGUCGUUGAUAAUUGCUCUGAUUCUCAACCAAGCGCUAAGUAUCCGCGUCUCUACGAUUCUGAAUCCAGAACUAGGCUUCAAAUCGCAGUACAGGGUGACGAGUUGCCAAGUAUGUUACUUGAUGGUCACUUGGUAGCAACACAAGAAGUUUAUGUGGACGGAGCUUGCCAUGGAAAUGGCUUGCGAGGGUUUUCACGAGCGGGCUAUGGUGGUUACUAUGGCGAAGGGGAUUGUCGUAACUUUGCAUUACCACUUUCUUCGAAUGAAAAACACACCAAUAAUCGAGCGGAGCUUCGAGCUGUGAUUCAUACUUUGCACCAGGGUGUGCACGAUGCGGGUGGCUCUGUCGCGUCCCUCAUGGCUAACGAGGUGGAUUACUCUACGCCAGUUCCCCUAUAUCGUCUCCGUGUGUACACUGACAGCAAGUACGUUGUGGAAGGUUUAACAAAUUACAGCAAAAAAUGGGUGAAGAACAACUUUACGCUAAGCAACGGCAAGACUCCCGUACAAAACCAAGAUUUGUGGAAGGAACUCACUCUGCUGAGGGACGGGUACAACACUUGUUUUUCGUAUCAGCACGAUGCACGUCCUCAUCGCUAUAUCUCUAGCAAUACUUUUAACUCUGGUGAAGGUUUCGAGAUACGCCAUGUUCGUGGGCAUUCAAAUGUGUAUGGUAACGAGAUGGCGGACCGGUUAGCCACGAUGGGGGCCAACAAAUACUCGGAUGAUGAUUCAGAAACUUAAGUGAAAGUAAACGCGUAUUCGAUUUUGGUUGAAUAUUUUAGAUCUUAAAAAUAAAUCGAGUCAAGAGUCUGCGCUUCUUGAUUUCAUAGGUUGGCUCACAAAUGAGUUUAUAGUCCCGUUGCUGCGCCAUGAACAAUCUGAAGGCUUGAAAUUCAGGUUUCCUGAUUCUUUUUUGUAAUUCGUUAUUAAUUACCUGUAAUCUUCCCGCGGUGAGUGGUCUCGUUCUCAAAUUUAUCAAUCAUUUCUUUGCACCUAUUUUAUCUCUGUUAUUCGUUGGUCUCUAAUCCCAGUAUACU